ACCCCGAGUCGGCCGUCGCUUUCUUUGUGGCUUGUUCAUCAGAAACCUCUCCUCCCAAUCCGCCGCCUGCCUUGCUCUUGCUCUUGCUCUCCUAGCGCGCUCGUCUAGUCGUCGCCAUAUCUUCUCCACACUUCUCCGCUCUCCGGCGUACGGCUCCGAUCCGUACACGUACAAUCCAAACCCUCCUUAAAACUCCGCCCCGAGCAGGCGCAAGGAGUGCUGUGGAAGGUGGAAUCGCCAGAAAAUGCCCUCCGUCCUCCACCUUCUCUUGCUGCUGCUCGCCGCCUCGGCCGCGGCGGCAGCCACCGCUGGCGCUGGCGCUGGCGCUGGCACCAGCGGGGACCCGCGGGCGUACGAGGCGCUGUUCGACGCGUGGUGCGCGGAGCACGGGAAGGCCUACGCCACGCCCGAGGAGCGCGCGGCGCGGCUGGCCGUGUUCGCGGACAACGCGGCCUUCGUCGCCGCGCAUAACGCCCGCGUCAACGCCGCUGGUGGCGGCGGCGCGCCCCCGUCCUACACGCUCGCGCUCAACGCCUUCGCGGACCUGACACACGAGGAGUUCCGGGCCGCGCGGCUCGGCCGCAUCGCGGCGGGGGCGGCGGCGCUCCGGAGCCCCGCCGCGCCCGUGUACCGGGGCCUCGACGGCGGUCUGGGCGCGGUGCCCGAUGCGCUGGACUGGAGGGAGAAUGGGGCCGUCACCAAGGUCAAGGACCAAGGCAGCUGCGGAGCUUGCUGGAGUUUUUCCGCUACAGGUGCUAUGGAAGGAAUAAACAAAAUCAAGACAGGCUCUCUGGUCAGUCUUUCUGAACAGGAACUAAUUGACUGUGACAGAUCUUAUAAUAGUGGCUGUGGUGGUGGCCUCAUGGAUUAUGCUUAUAAGUUUGUGGUUAAAAAUGGUGGAAUUGACACAGAGGAGGACUACCCCUAUCGUGAAGCAGAUGGGACAUGUAACAAGAACAAGCUGAAAAAGCGAAUUGUGACAAUUGAUGGUUACUCUGAUGUACCUUCCAACAAAGAAGAUUUGUUACUUCAGGCUGUUGCCCAGCAACCAGUUAGUGUAGGAAUAUGUGGCAGCGCUAGAGCAUUUCAACUAUACUCCCAGGGUAUCUUUGAUGGUCCAUGUCCAACAUCUCUUGAUCAUGCUGUGCUAAUUGUGGGUUAUGGCUCUGAAGGUGGCAAGGAUUACUGGAUUGUGAAAAACUCUUGGGGUGAAAGUUGGGGAAUGAAGGGCUAUAUGCAUAUGCAUCGAAACACUGGUGAUUCCAAGGGUGUCUGCGGUAUAAACAUGAUGGCAUCAUUUCCUACCAAAUCAAGCCCCAAUCCUCCUCCUUCACCAGGCCCAGGUCCAACCAAGUGCAGUCUGCUUACAUACUGUCCUGAAGGAUCCACCUGUUGUUGCUCGUGGCGUAUCUUGGGCUUUUGUCUUUCCUGGAGCUGUUGUGAACUGGACAAUGCAGUUUGCUGCAAGGAUAACAAAUCCUGCUGCCCUCAUGACUAUCCUGUCUGCGAUACAGAUCGCGGGCUGUGUCUCAAGGCCAGCGGCAACUCUUCUGCUAUAGAAGGAAUCAGGAGGAAACGGACUUUCUCUAAAGCUCCCUCGUGGACUGGCUUAGUGGAAUUGAUGGACCAUGUCCAAGCAGAAGAAAGCGACAGCGACAGCGAAAGCGAAGAGGGCAAGGAGAAGGGCCUGGUGGAUUGGGUGCGGAACUGCUUGGUCAGGGUCACCGUCGGCGAGCCCAUCGACCCACUGGAGAUCUUCACCCGUGUUGCUCCACCUGCCGGCGGCUCCCCGCGAGAUCGCCGACCAUCUGCUCCACCUAGCAUCAAAAGCAUUAAUGGAAAGAGUCCCAUAGUGGUUGGACCUUGGGGAGGGACAGGAGGAUACCCUUGGGAUGACGGUGUGUACUCAACAAUACGCCAGAUCGUGAUUGGCCAUGGUGCAGCUAUUGACUCAAUAAGGAUUGAGUAUGAUCUGAAAGGAAGGUCAGUUUGGUCAGAAACACGUGGAGGUACUGAUGGAGGUUCUGAAACCGAUAAGGUGAAACUAGAUUUUCCAGAUGAAGUCCUUGUGUCUGUAAGUGGGCACUAUGGAUCUGUUUGUGGGACACCGGUCAUCAUAAGAUCAUUGACAUUUCAGAGCAACAGUUCGACGUAUGGACCUUUCGGCACCGAAGAUGGGACACCUUUCUCACUUCCAGUGAGCAGCGGCAAGAUCAUUGGAUUUCAUGGGCGGUCUGGGUCAUAUCUCAACUCAAUAGGUUUCUACCUGAAGCAAGUGCAUUUUCCAAAUCCGAUGAAUUCUCCAGCUUCACCUAUGAGCCUCCCAAGCUCACAAAGUAGAAAUGGCUAUGGUUUCAGUGGUGAUACUGGACCUGACAUGGUUCUCGCCGUGCGAGAUAGAGGCGAUAGCUAUGCUGUUUAUGCUAGCAAUCAGCCCAAGCAGCAAUAUACAAACCCAUCACCUGACUACAAUGAUGGAGCGCUCUGGAACAAGAUGGUUUCUUUCCCCAGUUAUUAUGGAGAUACAGGAGCUGCAGCCAUGAGCAGCCCUCAAACUUAUGGUCCCUGGGGUGGAAGUGGUGGCACCAUAUUUGAUGACGGUGUAUACACUGGUGUGUGGCAGAUCAAUUUAACACGUGCAGUGGGAAUUUCUUCUAUUAAGGUUCUGUAUGAUCGAAAUGGGCAGGCAGUAUGGGGUAACAAGCAUGGAUUCAGUGGAGGUGUUAUACCUGACAAGAUAAUAUUUGAUUUCCCGUCAGAGGUGUUGACUCAUAUAACCGGGUUCUAUGAUUCAGCAAUAAUCAUGGGCCCAACCGUGGUCAGAUCUCUAACGUUUCACACGAACAAGCGGACAUAUGGACCAUAUGGGGAUGAGUAUGGCACAUACUUCUCCACAAGUUUUACAAAUGGAAGGAUAGUAGGAUUUCAUGGCAGGGAGGGGUGGUACAUCGAUGGAAUUGGAGUUCAUGUUCAGGAAGGCAAAUUGGCAUCACAGCGAUUUGUUAGCAGACCAAAGACCGCGACUAGCCCAUCGGUACAGUACAACAUGCUUGCUCAAGCGCCGAGCAAUACAUAUACAGACAAUGAGGUUGCUUAUGGCAUGGUGAAAGAACCGGUUCCUAUGGGACCAGGACCAUGGGGUGGGGAGGGAGGCCGGGCGUGGGACGACGGAGUUUACACUGGCGUGAAGCAAAUCUACAUCAUGAGAGGAGCAUUCAUCGGGUCGAUACAGAUCGAGUAUGACAGGAGUGGCCACUCCAUCUGGUCUUCAAGGCAUGGGAACAGCGGCCACAUAACCCACAGGGUCAAGCUGGACUUCCCGCACGAGGUGCUGACGUGCGUGUACGGCUACUACAACACUAACAGGGAGGACGGGCCCCGGGUCCUGAGGUCGCUGACGUUCAUCACCAACAGGGGCAAGUACGGGCCUUUCGGCGACGAGUUCGGAUCCUACUUCUCGUCGGCGACGACGGAGGGGAAGGUGGUGGGGUUCCACGGCCGGAGCGGGCAGCACCUGGACGCCAUCGGCGUGCACAUGCAGCACUGGCUCGGGGACAGGAGGCCUGCCCCCAAGUACGUGUUGUCCAAGUACCUAUUCUGAUCACCGGGCUGGUCAGCUUAUACGAGAGGGAUGUAUCUAAUUUUUGGGCUGGUCGAUUUAAUUUACUUGUAGCUUCAGCAUUUGUUGGUCUUCAUUCCCUGUAUUCGGGGCAUACACCAAACAUAUCGAUCGAAUUGAAGAGAUGUAGUUGUCCAAGUACAUCAUCCUCUCUGUUGAAUUUCAAUACAUCCUUUGUCAGUUCUAAUGCCCAAUAUUCGAAUGUGCUGCUGCUUGCUAUGAACGCAGAGGCAGGGUGCUCCA